GAGAUUUACAACAGUUCCCCCUCAAGGACACACUACUCCAUGGUGAUGCAAUGGAAUCUCAACAGAAACAUGGAGGAACACGCCUGCCUCCUCUCCCAAAACAUGUGACCCAGCCACACACAGGUUUUCCUGAUGACUCCAUGAGAUCACCUCCAGCUGGUUCCAGUCACUACAAAGCACUGUACUGGUCCAGGGAGCUCCGUUGCCUCCUGUCUGGUCAUGGCUCUGCCUGUGACAUGUCGGUGCUUGCUGGGGAGGUGGUACGGUUUCUAUCGGGGCCUGCUCAGGGCUGUGACCGUGAAUGGUGGCUACAGCUGCUUGAUAUUCUUAGACUUCUGCGCCCAUUCCGGGAACAUUUGGCACGUGAGCGCCCCGUCCUCCUUCCAGCCCUGGAGAGAUUGCACAGAGAGUAUGAACGCCACCGACUCCUGCUCAGUGAUUUGGAUAUACCGGGUGCUCUGCUUGCGGCCUUCCCUCCUGACUCCUCUACAUUGUUCCAACUUCCCAAACACCUGGAGAACCUUUAUCAGCCCAAACUCCAGAGCAUCCAUUUACGGGAACUGCCGCAAUAUGUAGGGGAUGUAGGAGCAGAGCUGGCAGGUGUUGAAUAUCAAUGGCGCUGCAGCCGUGGCAAGACUUCCCUGGCACUGCAGACAGACCUUCCAGUGGACUUAUUGCCACACAUAGAACUGCAGCCCGUCAGGGAGGACCCAGCAGUUCCUCACCCAACGAUGGAGCUGAAGAAUACCACAGACCGCAUGGGACAGGAGAUCGGGGGCUAUGAGGCUGCAGAGCUGAUGGUUAAAUACAGACAUCUAGGAAAAGUGGCUUUCCUGUACCUGAGCAGAGAUUCGGGGAUCCAGUGUUGCCACUAUGACCUCCGCGUGACUCCUGUCUCCCAUCUUCAUACUGAGCACUUUAUUUUUUCACCGUUCGGGAUUCUUCAUGUCAGAUCCAUAAAUGGUUCUGAGGUGCUGGAACUCGGGUCCUGGCAUCGGGAGGCCGUUCUGUGCCGUGCUCUGCGCAAGAUCCCGUUCUACAGAGACUUCCUCAUCAGAAGAGUGCUCAGACGAUGGCAGAGAAACGUUAAGAGAAUUUGGUUUCUCAGAACCCAGGAGCUGUUGAGCAGGAGGCAUGUCCUGGCGGUGCCUCAUUACUCCGCAUCCCUGCAGCAUGUGCACAGGCUUCUCCAGGAACUGGCACAGGUACCCUGGCUUCCCCUCCAGCUCUCCUGCUCGUACACCAUUGACCAGCUGGAGGCCAGCCUCUCACACCUGAGGUCGGAGGGAAAGGCUCAUCUGUAUAACUUCCUCUCCCUGGUGACCCGGAUCCUGGAACUGGUGAGAGAGGACACCUACGUCAUGGUGAGGACCACACAGCAGGACAUGGAGAAAAGCCCAGAGAAGACCACCAGGGAGAGGUUACGUCAGACGGAGUCCUGGCUGCACAGGCUGGGCAAUCUGGCUUCUCUAUAUGGACACAUGGUCUGUCAGGGCCUGCACGCCCUCAUUCAGCGCAGUGUCUGCAGCUUCAUCUAUGAUGUCAUCCAGAUGCUGCCUCCUGCUGGCAAAUCAUUCCUGUGCGUCAGCCUGGAGUUCAGUGACCGCGGAGAGCUGGUUCUCUGUCCAUCUGCUGAGCACCUACAUCUGACCUGUGACCGGGCACUAGGGGCUGUUCUGGACUCCGUCCUAGAGGUGACUAAUACAUUCGUCCUAAAUCAUCUGAAUCCAUCGUCACUUCCAACCAAUAUGGAUCCUCCUACAGAAUGCGGGGUUCCUCUGCACUCUGUCCUGAGAGGGGAGCAGCUUCGGAAUGUUGUUCCUGUACCAUCUGCUGAAUGCAGUGUACUGCAAAGACCUUCACAAUCAAGUGUUCAAGGACAGUUAGUGAGGGCUAAUUAUAUGCCCCUAAAUUUCCAGUCUCUGCAGUGCAUGUUAAACGGUGACCAUUCCAUUCAGCAAGCCAGAGAGACACUACAGAGACUGCUGGAGGAGUCCCUGCGGGUGGUGAAUCAGUUUUGUGAAGACAACUUGUGGUUGCAAGAGAUUCACCACUUUGUACAGUCCUGGUCUCCACAAGUCCUAGAGAGGUUCUUCGCCACCUCCGCUGCGGAGUAUGAGGAUCUAGUCCUGAAACUUCAACUUUGGGAACAACGGGUCCAUGGUGUAAGAGACCAUCUCACCACACCUGUACUGGAGGUCUCCUUAGCUGCCAUUCACAAACAGACAGGUCUGGGCAGCAUAAUACAGGAUGUACUGGGUCUCCUGACCUCAGAGGUGGCAGAGCGCUCACAAGCCCUCAUCGAAGAGCUGAGUCAUGUUCUAAAGAUCUUCAAAGACGUCAGCACAGAUAUCCCGUCCUUUUCCAAAUGUGCACACAAGGUUGAUGAGUACACGAAGAAGAGGGAGGAGUUAGAGGAGCGCAUGAAACAUGUGCACUCCCUGAGUGACGUCAUACGGAUGUAUUAUCGCCAGCCCACCGCAGAAGAGCAGAACGUGAAGCGCAAGCUGAUGGACAUGUGGGACGUGUUCCAUCACUCUCUGAGGACUUCUGCGGAGUUCCUGAGCAGUCACCUCUCCUCCAUGUCCUCCAGCUUGGAGAAGUCAUUUCUGCAGUGUUACAGAGAAGUGGAGGAUGUGAUAGCGGCCGCCUCCUCUCCGGUAUUCCUGGAUCCUUCUCAGAACCCGGCUCUGAUAUUGCGAGACCUGGGAACGCUGCGCCAGAGCCUGCGCACUCGUCUUCUUCAGCUGCGGGAAUUCAGCCACUCACGUCAGGUCUUACAGGGAAAAGUCUUUGACAUCUCAGAGGUCGCUGUUGGAGAGCAGCAGAUCCAGGCACGCCAGGAUUCAUGGAAACUGCUGUGUAGAAGCAGAGAACAGAUUAAAGCCUGGAAACUCAGCCCCUUUACUAAGAUGAACACUGACAAGAUAAGAGAGAAAUUGCAGCACUGGGAAAGGAAUCUGCAGGAUCUGACAUUGUUACUGCGGAAGGAUGACCCAAUUCUGCAAAGUGUUUGGGCGCACCUGCAGGAGUUCACUCAGGACCUACCUCUGCUCCAGACACUGCUAAACCAAGGACUAACACACAAGCACUGGAUAGCUAUCUUCACAGUGAUGGGGAAGACGUUUGGUGGUAUGGAGACACUCACACUGCUGGACCUGCUCUCCUGCCCACUACGUCAUCACCAGGAGCAACUGCUGCAGAUCGCGCUCCGGGCUCAGACGCAGUUCUCCACAUUACAGAACUUUAAGAAGAUUCAGACGUUCUGGCAGGAGAAAGAGUUUCGUCUGGUCAGAUUUCUCCUUUGUGUUUAUAGCCGAGACCCCAGUCCAGACUUCUCCAAGAGACCGCCCAGUGGAAGAUUCCGAGAGCCUGACACAGGUUACCGUACCCAGGACAGUGGCGCAGUCCUCCUAUCUGACACACAGUCUCUCUGCAGUCUCAUUGAUGACAGCCUUCUGUCACUGAAGACAAUGAGGAGUUCACUUGUCUCCGCUGGUGAUGUUGAUGAUGAAAUCUCAAGGUGGAUCCAUAAUCUCCAUGAUCUCGCACACGCUGUAGAUCUCUGGGUCACUUUCCAGGAGAAGUGGGUUUUCCUGACCAAGGCUCAGCAUGAGCUGGAGAUGCAGAUUCCCAGCGCAGAGAUGGUCACACAGUUCCAUCACAUUGACUUGAACUACCGCUCAUUUCUGGAUGUGACCCUACAGGAUCCUCUCGUUUUAUCCAUACUAAAGCCCAACAAGAAGCGCGGGUGGCAUUUCUAUGGUGACGCUUUAUGUGCUUCUCUUCAGACGGGCAUAAGUGCCAUGGAAAAUAUCAUAGUAAAGAUGGGCGAUGUGCUGUACACGACACGCUGCGCCUUUCCUCGCCUCUUCUUCCUGGGUGACCAAGACCUGCUCAGCAUCAUUGCAGCCUCCCCAGAGCCUCCGGAACGCCUACCAUGUGCUCUCUUGUGCUUUCCCAGGCUUACAAAUGUCCUUUUCCAAGCUCAGUCUACAAAUACAUCAAGAUUCCCACUCUUAAGCAGCCAGGCAGUAACCAUCGGGGUUAUGGGGAAUCAUGAGGAAACGCUGAAUUUACGGUCUCCCAUUCUGUGGGAUCCAAAGACUAUUUCAUGGCUAAUGGAGAUAGAGAAAAGACUUGGGGAAUGCCUGAAAUACCAGCUGGAGCUCUGCCUGUCUGAAGGUAGAGCUGGACUUUCACUUCUCACUCAUCAUGAGAAUGCCAGGCAGUGGGUAGAGAAAGGAACAGACUUUCCCUGGCAAUGCUUGGCAAUCACUGAGGAAGUGUUGUGGUGUGAGGGCAUGGAGAAAGUUCUCCUCACUGAUCAGAAAGUAUCUUACAGAGAGAAACUCAAUAUCAAGAUCCAGCUCCUGGUAGAGAGACUGAGGGAACUAGACCAGGAUCAUCGCAGGGAACUGGUCUUUAUAUCUGCUUGGAUCCAUCUGGCAAUUCUCCAAAGGGAUCGAACAUUGAGCCUGAUGGAUACAGAGAUACAGAGUCUCGAUUCCUUCACAUGGACCAAACUGAUGAAGUACAGAGUACACCCACAGCCCAGCUGUCAUGAUGUAAGGAGAAGCACGUGUGAAGAUGUUGGCGAGACUGAGGGGAUGCCUGGCACAGAUGGGCCCGCGGUUCCGCUGCUCUGCUAUGUAGACGUGUUGGGAUACCACUUACCAUAUAAGUACGAGUAUGUUGGAUUAGACAUGAGCAUUAAUGACACCGCAAUUUCGGACAGAACUACGCUAGGCCUGUUGCUGGCAUUGCAACACUUCCAGUGUGGAACUGUGAUUGGCCAGGAUGAGGGUUUUAGGACUCAGACAGUGAUGGCGCUUGGCGAUGCCCUUGGCCGCCAGGUUGUUGUGCUGAAGUGCUGGACUGGAAUUAAUCUCAGCCAACUGACGUUGCACCUGCAUGGAACUCUGCGCGGAGGGACAUGGCUUCUGUUAGACAGCGCACAGAGAUUGACCAGCAGUGUUCUGGAAUCACUAGGGCAGCUUCUCGUAGAGAUCCAGUCUUCCUGUAAGGCGUUACUGAAAGGAAGAGCGGCCUGUGAGCAUGUGGAAUCAGUCUCAGAGUCUGCGGAUCAGUUAUUGGGGAACAUCCAGUUAGAGGGAAGGACCGUUCCAGUGAUGGGAAGUUAUGGCUGCUUUAUCACCCUUCCAGACGUACAGUCCUCAUGUCCAGUCCCUUAUAACUUUCGCCUGCUCCUGAGACCUGUAUCACUCUGCCCUCCUGACCUGCGCUCCAUUGCAGAACUCACUCUACUUUCUGCAGGUUUCCAGCAACAUUUUCAGUUGGCCAAGAAGAUGUCUUGCUUUUUCCAGAUCGCACAGGAGUCAGGAGCCAUCACUGCAGAGAGCGCUCCAUCACUACUAAAAUCUGUGCUGCAGAGAGCAACGGCCUUGACGAUCCCAAGCAGGAGGAUGUUCAAUGGGAAGUGUGUUGGGCACAGAGGGCCGGUGACAAUUCCCAGCGAGGUGGAUCAGCCCCUUAUAGAUGAUCUUGGAAAUUCCUCAGACACCGUUGGUCUACAGGAAGAGAAGAGCAUUAUAUCAGCACUCACCACAUCCUCGCUCUGGUCCCACCUUUCAGUGUCGGAGUCUCCUCACCUGUGGGAUAUCCUGAGAGGUGUGUUCCCGAUGUACACAUCUCUACCACCAUGGGAUGAACCUGAUGCUGCGCUAUGGAAAGCCAUUAAACUACAUCUGCGGGAGUCAGGGUUUGAAGACCACGCAGAGCUGGAAAGUAAUGUUCUGCAGUUUUACCAUGCCAUUGAGCAAAGCCAAGGCAUCCUAGUGACCGGUCCAGCCGGAAGUGGGAAAUCCACAUGCUGGAGAGUUCUUCACCAAGCCCUGAACAAUCCCAUGGGUAAUGUGGAGCUUACAGGGUCUGGGGGAGCUGUGAGUGGUAGCUGCAAUCAUAAAAAGCAGCCUGUCCACAUUGUGCAUAUAUUCCCCAACACGCUCAGCCCCACAGAGCUCCUGGGAGGGGGAACAUAUGGGAAAGGUGGCAGCAUAUUCUCAAGUCUUCUCCAGAGCGAAUCAUAUGCAGAAUCCGCAGCCCCAAAGUGGUUGGUGCUGGAUGGGUCAGCGUCCAGCAGGUGGAUGGAGCCCGUGGCCUGCCUCUUUGGCUCACACCCUGUUUUGACGUUGACCAAUGGUCAGCGGCUUCACCUUACGGACAGUAUCAAGCUGAUAUUUGAAAUGCCAGAUACAUCCUCUAUUAGUCCUGCUAUGUCCACAAUGUGCAGCAUUGUGCACUGUGGUGGGCAUGAGACAUGGAGGGCAAUACUGGGAGCAUUCAUGUCAAACUUGUAUGUGAAAUACAGCAUCACACGGAGCAUGGAGCAGCAGGUCCAGAUGUUGUGUGACCACCUUAUACCUCAUACCCUCUGCUACCUGAAACAGCACUGCAUCCUCGCACUGCAUCCUCACAGUGCACCUACAGCGCAGGGAGUACACGAAGUAUCCACCUUCUGCGCCAUCCUUCAAGCUCUUAUGGACCAGCACCUGCUGCGGGACAGCGCCCAGACUGUGCCUGAGACUCCAGGAGGUGCACAGGGGCUUCACAGACAGGCAGAAGACAUGAAGGUCAAUGAUGAGUCACGAGUUACCACGCAAGGGACUAUGGAAGAUGAGAAUCGUCUGACGGAGACAUUAGGCCUCCCCAACAAGGACCAGAACAUUCCACCCAGUCACCGCCAGAGGACACAGGCUUACCUCCUCUACGCCUUCAUCUGGGGGUUUGGCGGACACCUUCAUCCUAAGUGUCGCGGUGAGUUUGAGCUUUUCCUGCGCGAGUCUCUGUCAGGAUUUCCCAUAGAGUUAGAAAUCCCCCCGGAUACAUCAGUGUUCGACGUGACCCCUAGCCCAGAUGGGACCACCCUAUCUCCCUGCCCGGGGGUCGUUCUGCCCCAGUGUGGAAGCCCCCUGUAUGCUGCACGGUGCAUGUCUCUUGCUGGAAGUCCGGUGCUGUUAGUAGGAGCUCCUGGGACUGGGAAGACCACCCUGGCACAGUCGGUGAUUCCGCAUGGAGGAACCUAUGUACGGAUACCAGUAAAUACAAUACUGCAACCUGCGCACCUGCGAGAUCUCCUGAAAUCCCAACAUGAAGUUUCUCCCCCUGUGGGGAUGACCAGAGCAAGGGCACAGGGUGUCCGCCAUCUUGUCAUCCUGGAUGACCUGCAUGAAGCAAUGUAUGAUGCUGAGAUGAGGGGACAUCCUGCGCUGGAGGUCGUGCGUCAGAUGGUGUCAGACCCAGCGUCCAUGCCACCUCACAGCGUCCUGGCCACAACAUCCCCUCCUGAGGAUGGCUUUCACAGCCUGUGCCCCAGGCUCACCCGCCUGUUUUGUGUCCUAGUCCUGGCCCCCUUCCAUCCGGAUGUCCCUCUGAGCUUAUUCAGCCCCCGCUUCAUGCUAUGGAUGAAAAGGUCAUUGCCUGUCCAGCAACCUCCAGAGUUUGGCAAAGCCUUGGCUGAGGCCUCUCUUACUCUUUACCGUGACGUCACCCGGACCCUUCCUCCAAAGUAUUGCUUUUCUCUCCACCACCUGCAUAGGCUGCUGCACAGCCUGACCGCCCUGUGCCCCUCGCCCGGGGCACAUCUGUGGGCACUACCCAAUACCAGUGCAUCUGACGCAGUUCUGACUAGGUGUGCCAUUGUCCGCCUCUGGAUGCAUGAAGCUAUGCGCACCUUUGCGGAUGGUCUGGGCGCCCAACAAGAGACUGACAUUUUCAAAGCUGUCCUACAGGACUGCGUAAUGCGGACAUUCUGUAGCCAGAUCCGGCCGGAGGAUGCAGCCACAGAGGGCGUGACCAGCUCUCUUCCUAUAGACACUGGAGCAGAGACCUCUACUCCCGGGAAUGAAGAUGAAGAACUACAGUCUGAAGGCCCAAUAGGUCAGACAGAGACAGAUUCAGCCAGAAGUGUGCAGCUGAGUGCAGAGCCUGAGGCUAUGUCUCACACUGGUAGCCCAUCGUCCUUACCACAAGAAUACCAGCUUCCUGCUGAGCUACUGCCCAGUGCCCGGCAUCUGGAUGACCUGAGCUUCUGCCAUGACUCCACUCCUGGGGUAAGGUGUGAGGUUCUCAUGUACAAGGAGAGACCCACAGCUGCCAUAAAUAUAGUGCAGGCUCAUGGCCUAACACUGAGUCCUGUGGACCUGCAGCACGUGGCCCGUCUAUCUCGCGUUCUGCGCCUUCCUCAGGGUCACAUUGUGCUCUGCUCCCAGCACCCGGGUACCGGGAGAAAAAGCCUGGCACGACUGGCAGCCCAGAUCACCCAGUGCACACUGAUGGAACUCAGUGGCAGAGAGACAGCGGAAGAGCGCCACGCUGUCAUCAGGGAAGCCUGCUGGGAAGCUGGCGUACUGGGCUCUGCAGUGGCCCUCCUUGUUGGAGAGGGGACCUCCUCGAGUGCUCUGCAAGAGCUGGAGGCCCUGAUACGUGAAGGAACUUUCCCCGGACUUUACAGUGCAGAGCAGGAGCAGAACUUACUGCAGCGUAUGGUGCACAUGGAAAAGAGAAGGAAUGCCAGCAACAGGUCUCUGCGAGAGAGGUUCUGUGUCCAGGUGCGUAAUAACCUCCAUGUGAUAAUCGUUCAGAGCAGUAAAUCUCCAUCAUCCCAGCUGUGUCGUCUGACCUACGUAGAUGUCUACCAUCCGUGGGACUUCAGUGCUCUUCACCACGUCGCAGAGAAGCUUCUGGGCCAAGCGGAGUGUCAGCUGUGCGGUCCUGGGACCUUGUCUCUAUCACUUCCCAGAGUAAUGUCUCUAAUUCAUCUCUUGGCCCAAAGUUACUGCCACAGAAUGUGGCCACAUGUUCCACUGACCUCACCAGGGACCUUCAUCAGCUUCAUAAACCUCUACCUGAGAUGCUCCUCACAGCUCCGGGGGCACAUAGAAACAGAGACUGAAAGAGUGCGGCGUGCGCUGUCCCGGCUGGAGGAGGUGUUUGCAGAACAGGAGCGGUGUACACAGACGAUGGAGGCUCUCUCCCAAUGUCUGCUGGAGGCCCAAAAGGAGACAGAGAGAUGGACAGAACAACAUGAGGGGACACAGGCAGCGGAGAGGCGGCUGGCGGAGCAGAGGGAAGGGCUGGAACAGGCCAGAGAUGAACUGAUGCAGCAAGUCAACCGCUUACAGACUCAGCGCACUCACAGCCGGGAACAGGCUUCUCUCCAGUGGGCUGAGGUGCAGAAACAGCUGAAGAUAUCAGACAUUGAUGAAAUCCGGAGUUACAGAGUGCCCACUGCCCCCGUUAUAAUGGUCACUGACGUCCUGUGCGCUGUGUUUGGCAGAGACCCAGGCUGGGAAAGCGCCAAACUGCUCAUUGGACAAGAACAUUUCUAUGAGGAUUUGCAGUUCUAUGAUGGACACUCCAUGCCGGACGGUGUCUUCGUCUCUCUGACUCGGGCAGUGAGAGGACCUGAAUUUAAUGCUCACUCACUGAGGCCGGUGAGUUCAGCUGCAGCCUCGCUCUGUGAGUGGCUGUGCGGCCUCCGGCACUACUGCAGCAUCCUCCGAGGCCUGGAUAAGGAUAAGUGUCUGAUGUCCAAGCUGGAGGCCCAGUACCUGCAGGUGGCUGAGAAGAUGUCUGAGCACCAGCUGCAGAUGGAGAAGCUGAAGGAGCUCAGAGACCACUGUUCCCACAGCUUGCAGAAAGCCAGAAGUAAGGAGGAGGACAUAGGCCGUCAGCUGCACCAAGUGCAGAGCAAGCAGAAGGUGGUGCAGGAGUAUGAGAUGGCGGCGAGGCCACACGCAUCUGUAUGGAACGCUACUCAGAAGACCCUACAGCAGCGGCUCCUAUCUGUCCAUACUGACGCGCUGCUAAUAUCAGCCGCCAUUACCUACCUUGGCUGCCUGCCCUGGUCUCGCUGUACCGUGUUGUUGGAUAAGUGGCAAUCUCUGUGCCAAGGGGAGGAGGUGUCUCUGGAUAUAGAUGAUGUGAGAGAAGCUCUAGAUUCUCCUGGCACAAGCUGGAAUGGACCAGGCCAUUUGCUGGAGACGCUCUGCACGGAUGCAGAUUGGAUUGAAUGGCAUAGACAGAGGCUUCCAGUGAAUGUAGAGACUCAGACUCGGGCUGCUCUGCUCCGAGCCAGUGGCCACUAUCCACCAUACAGAUCCACCCUGAUCCUGGACCCUGACUACAUGGCAGAGAAGAUCCUGCGGGUAUUGUUGAGCCUACCGGAACAGAGGAGAGGAACAGAGGCACUUCCCAGUAUCUCUGAGGGGUAUAACUGUGAUGUCCAGCAAGAAAGUGCCCGUCAGGAGCUGCGUGUGAUUGAGGCAUCGGAGAUGGCCUUCAGCCAGAAGCUGGUAGCUGCAGCAACAGACGGUGCAUGGGUUCUUAUUACAAAUGUGGAAAAGAAUUUAUUUUGCAUGGAUAUUGUACGAUCAGUGCACUCCCAAGUUGAUCAGAGCCCGUGUCCUCCUCACAAUGGAGAUGCCCCUUUGUCACAAGAGAAUCAUCCAUCUAAGUCCUUCCACCUGUACCUCAGCACUUACCUGCCCAUGAGCGCUUUUUUAGAAGAAGCUGGUCCGGCUGUCUUGAAAUAUGUAAACAUAAUGGAUGCAAGCCUUGGUCCCGCUGGGCUGGAAGAAGAACUGGUUCAAGAGAUUUUGUUUUUUAAAGAUCCACGACUGCAGGAAGAGAGGAGGAGACUGUAUGGGGGUGCCUUACAGCUGAAGGAGGACAUACAGAGAGCUCAGGACACAUUGCUGGAUUACAUCUCCUCAGACACCGUCCCUCUGCUUCAGAGGAACGACUUCCAUCACAAAGUGUCUGAAUGUGAGGAAACCCUGCUCUUCUUGCAGGAAUCUCUGAGUAAUGUGAAGAUCCUGCAGCAGAAGACGUUGGAACACAUGGCCUCAUAUGUAUCUGCAGCAAAGCAGUCUGUCUUCCUGUACUCCAGACUGCAGGAAGUGUCCAGAUUAUCACCACAGUAUUACUUUCCUGUAGGGUCCAUCUUAUGCUGGGCCCGCAAAGCUCUAAACAGUCAGAUGGCUAUCGGUCUUCAGAUAGACAAAGUCCUGAGCCGUGGAAUCCUAACUCAUGUGCUCCCCAGCCUUACAGAAGAGCAUCGGCAGCUCCUACGGGUGCUGCUGGCUGUUGGACAGCCUCCGGCUUUGGAGUGGUUCUUGUUCUUGGGAGUUAUGCAUAAUUCAGUUCAAGAUAUUUCAUCCUCCUGCAUCCAGAGGCCUCAGUGGGUGGGCUCCCAGGCCUGGAAGGAACUGGCCCAGCUGGAGAAACUGUCUGCUUUCCAGGGUAUCCGAUCUUCCCUGAGUGCACAGGCCAGGCAGUGGCAGGAAUACUUCAUUCUUCGCUCCACCGUUAUUGGACCUGUGCCCUGCUCCAGCUUUUCCAAUCUCACGCUCUUCCAGACAGCCAUCUUGUGGCGUAUCAUGAAGCCUGAAAGCCUGGGCCUGGUGCUACAUCACUUCACCUCAUGUCUUUUGGGUCCAGACCCUUCAGGCAGGAUGGAGGAAGAGGCAGAUAUUAUCGGUGUACAUUCCACUGUCCUGUUCCUCCUUCCACCACCAGGACAAUCCCCACCAGCUUACUAUCCCAUGCACCACAUCCUGCAGAUGGCCCAGAAGAAGGGGAAGGAGGUGAAGGUUGCUGCAUGGAAGGAGUCCAUCUCUGAGGCAGACGUGAGAGAGACAUUGGUCACUGGUCAGCGAGAGGGACACUGGCUGCUGGUGCACUGGCACCCCGAGCUGGCUGAUGCACUGAAGACGGGAGUAGAUCCCGCAAUGGUGAAUCCAGAAUUUCAUCUCUUUAUAAUAGCUCAAGAGGAGACAUUCGGCACAGUACCAGUUUCUGUGAGAUGUGCAGUUGGACCUGCACCCUGCAUGCAUCGCUCCAGCAUCCGUGAUGUUCUGCUGCAGAGCUGCCUGGCGUCUGCUGCUGAAGUGAGAAAGCAGUUGCAGAACCCGCUCACAUUGAAGUUACUGAUACUACAUAGUAUCCUGCUCCUCAGACAGAAGUACAGCUGCUAUGUACAGAGACAUACUUACUCCUGGAGUCAUGAAGAUCUGAUGCUCAGUCUGACUAUGCUGGAGAGAGUGAUGUCAGUGUGUCAGGACUGGGAGGAAGCGCUCUGCUUUCUUACAGGUGCUGUUAUAUAUGGAGGUCACAUUGUGGAAGAGGAGGACGCCAAAAGUGUCAUCGCGGUGGCCCAGCAAUGUCUAAUAAACCUCCCGCGUCAUCCUAGCAGCCGCGUACUCUCACAUUUGCUGUCAGCUGUGGCAGAUUGCAAUCCAACAGUUUCAGGUUCCUGGGGUGACCGCGUUCAGUGGGUCUUGCAGAAAAUAUCUUCUACGCAGGAUCCAGCAGCUCUGGGAUUGAGCGAAGGUCUACAAAAUACAACCAUCAUGGCUUAUGGUCGCACAAUUCUCUCCAACCUCAUCACUUCCCAGGAUGUUUGGACCUCAGAACCCAAUAAAGAUGAGAAUCUGAGAUCCUCUAGUCAAGAAGAGAAGAUCACAUAUCUGCAAUGUGCCACGCCAGAUUUCUGGAAGAGAGGUCCUACUGGUAGUCCAGGGUUAGAUGGUAUCUGUGAAACCACAUGGAGCCAUUGUUUAGCCAUCUUGAUGGAGCUGAGAGAUGUGGUGCAGCAGAGCGACCUAGACACCAAAUAUGGCCUAAAGGAAGGUCAAAAUGGUAUACAGCCAGUAAGCCUUGAUAUUCCCAGUGCAGAGGACAGAAGUCAGAAUGUAGCUAGACAGGAGGACACAACUACGGAGAGACCGAAAGAAACCAAUGACACCAAAAAGCCAAAGAGAUCAACAGGAACACAAGAUAUUAUGGAUGAACACUCCCAGAAAUUACAGAAGCACCGCCCCUUGCUAGGCUUCCUACUAGAAGAGUGGGACCUGUUGUGUGGACUGGUUAUGCAGGCCAUCAAGGAGUUGCAAGUUGUAGGAUCUCCCUGCCAUUGUGUGAGGUGUCAGCAGAUAAGGAAGACACUAUCUGACGGAUACGUGCCAGAGUCUUGGAAUGUCUACUCAUUGGCCUUCCCCGUUUCCCCAUUGUCUUGGGUCCAAGGACUUCAAGUGCGUGCUAAGCUUCUGUCCACUUAUAUUUCUGAAUCAUCUCCCUUUAAUGUAACAUACAACCUGAGUGUGUUCCGCCAUCCAACCAGACUCUUCCACAACCUGCUGCAGGAAAGAGCAUUGAGAGAUCAUAAAGGACUUGAGAAGUACUCUCUACACAUGCAGGUCUCAGACAGAAGAGCGCCUCCUGAGGGCCAUGUGGGAAUUGCAGUGACUGGAAUCCACCUGCAGCAUGCCCUCUGGGACACUAGACAGUCAUUACUGCAAGAGACUCUGUCUCCCAAGCUCUGUACCCUUCCACUGGUGUCUGUCUCUGCUGUGACAGCUGACGUAGCGCACCGGCGCCCCGUCACUUCUCAUUAUCUCUGCCCUGUGUAUUCCUGUCAGGCCCCUAAGGGCCACACUCAGCAUCAGAUGCCACCGAUAUUGCUUCUACCACUACCCACCAAUAUCCCCCCCUCAGUGUGGAGUCAGCGCCGUGUACACGCCAUCAGUCUACUCUGACAUCACAAAGAUUAAACCCAUUGUUUCUGAAAUAAAAUAUUUUCUUCA